CAAGCCAUUUUUGAAGGAAAGAUCUUCAGAUGACUCUUCACAUGCUAGUGCUAUUAUUAACCUUCUCACUGAGCUAGGGCACACAAUGAAAAUAAACAAUGUUACUGCUCAGCUUCAGUUAGGAGAGUCGUUGUUAAGGUUUUACACUGACCAGUCAUUAGAGAACCAAAGUUUUGAAGGCUACCAAGCAUCAUCACUGUCUUACAACAUAACUUUGGUGGAAAGAAGUGGAGUGGCCAGAGCACUUGUUGAGAGUUUGGAGCAAGUUGAGGACCUGAAUGCGAGACUUGAAAUCAUGAAAGUGCUGCAGUGUUAUUCAACUUCAGCAUUGAAUUGUGAUGAUAUGCUGUCAGUUGGUGCAGCUGGUUUGUUGUGCAGUGGAAUCAAUAUCCCAGAUCCAUCUGAUAGGGUUGUUUUCCGAACUGUUGAAAUUCUCUGGAAUUUGCUAGAAUUUGGUUCUAAACAGGAGGUUGUGCGUCAGCUCAAUUGCAAAGAGUGCAUAAGUGCAUUGAGAGAUGCCUUUGUUAGGCAGAUUAAGGAUGGCUACAGUCUUGCUGAUAAACAGCUGAGUUAAAAGUCAUCAUGAUUUAGUGAGGAAUCUCAAGCUCUACCAGACUCAUGAAGAUUUUGAGUUCAAGAAGCUGUUAAUGAGCACAUUGGUGUUGCUGAGUGCUGAUUCUGGAAGCUCUCAGAUUUUUUGUGAGGGUCGCGUGAUUUUGUCAUUGUUCUCUUUUGUACGAGCAAAUGACAACAGCUCAACUGUGGAGUGGUCCCCUGCACAGUUUGAGGAGCUGCAGUUACAGGCCUUAGAUACCUUAAGCACUGUCGCUCCUUUGUGUUUGGACGACUACAUGACUUGUCAGAGUAACACCAGAUUACUUAUGCUACUGGAAUGGUGUGUGGGAGAAGCUGACUAUGGUGGCCAUGGCAACAGUUUCCAUGGCUCUGGUGGCCGUGGCAACAAACGAGCCCAGAUGCGGUAUUGUUUGCGGCUGAUGAGGAGCAUGGUGUCAGUAGGAGAUGACGGCUUGAAUCAAGAUCUUGUAGACCAAGGAGCUAUCAAUCAGAUUAUUGGAAUACUUCUCAAUGCCAGCACCAGCCCUGAUGAUAAUGAUGCUAUUGACAUUGAGAUGCAGUGUGAUAUGUUGUUCCUUGUGGCGUCUCUUUGUGAAGGAGAUACUCACAGGAAGGAGCUAUUUGGUGCCCAAGGAGUCCAAGUGUUGGUAGAAUAUCUGAAGAGAGAUCCUAACAAGAUUAACAGUCCGCUGGGGCAUCAUCAGCUUCUUUUAUCCGCAGUAGACUCUGUGUGGUCUGCUGUGUUGGGAUGUUACAUAACUGAACAACUGUUUCUUGAAAAUGAUGGAGUUUUUCAUCUCAUGGAUUUAUUAGAGAUAUGUCCACUGACAAUGCAGAAUCUGGUGCUGGGAUGUUUGGUGGAUCUCUGUGAGAAUUCUAAGGCUCUGGCGCAUGUUCAGUCCUGGCGCGGUAAGAAGCAGAUUACAGCCGGUAAACUAUUGGUGGAAUUGUGGAAGAAAGAGGAAGCUAACAUGGGUGUGGCUAGAGAUAAAAUUGGCAAAGUAACAGUGUUGUUGUUGUUGUUGUUGUUUCAUCUUUAUUUUGCCCCGCAGGAUAAACUUAUUCAAGCUCAGCGAAACCAGGAACUUAUUGAAGAGGAGGAGUAUUAUGAAUCAAUCAAAGAAAGUCACCGCCAAGAAGAAAAGGCCUACAAAGAUUUUUGUGAUUAUGUCGACAGAACAUCGGACUACGCGGUUCUCAAGGCUGCAAAAGAGAAGCAGUUGAGCACCAUAGAAGCUUCAAGACUUCAGGGUAGAGUUUAUUCGGGCGAGAUUUCCCACGACACUUUACAAGAAGACCUUAACACAACUACUUUCUGCGGUAGACGAGUAGAAAUCGAAAGUACCCCACUUGACAUAACAAGAACGAUUACAAGUGCGACAACAGCCGACGAGGAAAAGGAAACUCUUGUAGUAGCGUAAAUGAGUCGACUGCAAGACCACAUACAAGUUGUACAACCCAAAGAAUGCUACAUAUAUAUUUCACUGUUGUAAAUAAUUUGGCCGCCUAACUUUGUAAAUACGUGAAGUUGUUGCUGUCUGGUUUGCAAAGGUUCUACUUAACACAUUUAUAAAUACAUCAUGUUUGACAGUUUAGAAUAGUAUUGUGCCAAACUCUUUGGUGUAUUGACGAUGAAUGUCAUACUUCACA